AGAGGCAGAACCGACGCAACAAAAGGAGGAAGUCACCCUUCGGAAGUUCAGCAGAGCACACCUGACUGUCUCAGGAGACCGCCGCAGCUACGCUGCAAGGAAUAUGGCCAUAACUGCGGCAAACUGCGCCCUCCCGCAUCUGAGCCCGAAUGGAGUGAAAUGCGAAGACAUCAAGAGGAAUGGCUAUCACAACAAGAGAGAGAAAAAUGGCCCUGGGACUGGUAUCGCCUCCAGGCAGCACAAGCAGGAGUCCUUUGAACAGGCCCCGAUGUACGUGGCUGUCAUGACAUACCUGGGCUUUGGUAUUGUCACACUGUUUGGCUACUUCAGAGAUUUCCUCAGAGCUGUGGGCUUAGAGAAGUGCAACCUUGCCCAGGAAAGAGAGGAACAGAAGGAUUUUGUACCUCUUUAUCAAGAUUUUGAGAACUUUUACAAUCGAAACCUGUACAUGAGGGUACGAGACAACUGGAACCGUCCCGUCUGCAGCCUGCCGGGCCCCGUCUUCGACUUGAUGGAGAGGGUGUCUGAUGAUUACAACUGGACGUUCAGGUUAACCGGGAGGACAAUACACAAUGCCAUCAACAUGGGCUCCUACAACUACCUCGGUUUCGCUGAGAACAACGCUGAUUUCCUGAAAACGGUGGCAGACACAACGCAACAGUACGGGGUUGGGGUUUGCAGCACCAGACAGGAAAUAGGUACCCUGAGCAUCCACGAAGAGCUGGAGCAACUUGUAGCCAGUUUCCUCAGAGUAGAGUCCUCCAUGACUUUUGGGAUGGGUUUCGCCACCAACUCAAUGAAUAUUCCAGCAAUUGUUGGCAAGGGCGGUUUGAUACUGAGCGACGAGCUCAAUCACACGUCUCUCAUCUUGGGGGCCCGACUGUCAGGAGCAACGAUCCGUGUGUUCAAACACAACAACAUGCAUAGUCUGGAGAAGAUGCUAAGAGAGGCAGUUUGCUCAGGGCAACCACGGACCCACAGACCCUGGAAGAAGAUCCUCAUCAUGGUGGAAGGCAUCUAUAGCAUGGAGGGCUCAGUGGUGCGACUUCCUGAGAUCGUCGCUCUGAAGAAGAAGUAUAAAGCAUAUCUGUACCUGGAUGAGGCCCACAGUAUCGGAGCAGUGGGACCAUCAGGGAGGGGAGUGACCGAGCUGUUCAACGUCAACCCAGCUGAUGUGGACGUGAUGAUGGGCACCUUCACCAAGAGCUUUGGGGCUGCUGGAGGCUAUAUCGCAGGGAAAAAGGAGCUGGUGGACUACCUGCGCAGUUAUUCUCACAGUGCAGUAUACGCCUCGGCCAUGUCCCCUCCUGUCACUGAGCAGAUCCUACGUGCCAUGAAGUGCAUCAUGGGAAAAGACGGGAGCACAGAAGGCAUUAGACGGAUCCGCCAACUAGCAGAGAACACCAGAUACUUCAGGGCCAAGCUGAAGGAGAUGGGCUUCAUCAUCUACGGCAACGAUGACUCACCUGUGGUUCCAAUCCUGCUCUACAUGCCAGGCAAAGUGGUGGCUUUCGCUCGAGAAAUGCUGGAGAGGAAAAUUGGUGUCGUGGUAGUCGGCUUUCCAGCCACGCCGAUCACAGAGGCCCGAGCUCGCUUCUGCCUGUCGGCAUCGCACACCAGAGCCAUGCUGAACCAGGUGCUGCGCCAUAUGAACGAGGUGGGAGACAACCUCUGUCUGAAGUUCUCACGAGUGAAAUAUUCCUCUUGUCCUGACCUCUGUGAUGAAACAGACUUUGAGCUGGACAGCUGAUGUGACCCUUGACACCUUCAUUUCACAGUGUCAAAGCGAAGUCCAAGUGUCUCUGCCACAGCAGACCCGUAAACACACAACGCAGAGUCACACCCGCGUCUCACAGCAGAAGAGGGGCCAAAUGUUUAGCAGCUGCUUUUCAUACCUUUGUAAAACAUUGCAAUUCAACAGAACACUUGUUUGUGCUUCUGGGAGUCUCUAUAUGAACUAUUUAAAUGCUUACAUUCUGAAUACAUUGUAAUGUAUGAAGUUAUUGUACUAGCAUUGCUGGAUUGGUUUCAAACUCCAGCAAGGUGUACAUUAUCUGUUUAUAUUGAGACACAUCUCUGUUAGUUUUCUAUUAACUUGUGUCUAUAUUUAGACAUCCAACAUUUUUGAUGGAAGCAUUUUUUGCUUCUCAUAAUGUAACAUCGGCCUCCAUUUGUUAUAGAUGCUGUUGGUGGUUAUUAUUAGAGAAUAGUGCACAGUCUCUAUGAAGAUGAUGGAAAGAGUCAUAUUUAUUUAUCAAAUAUGAAGGAGUAGUUAUGGAAAGAGUGUUUGUAGUCAUUUCAACCCCAUGGUUUAAUGCUGCACUGCAACAUUUUUUAUUCUGCUGAUUUUUUCUCUUUUUUUGUUAGCCCGACUAAAACAACAAUACUGCACAUGAAAAUGUCAUUGAAUGUGUUUUGAACCCGAAAACGAGUUGACUUACGGCUUCUUCCCUUUGGAUCUGUCUUUUCCUGACGCGUGAUUAUAUACACAUCUCAAGGCUCAACUGUUUAAGCCGAAUAAGCCGCUGCAACUGUUUUCAUAAAACCUUCCUCGCCGUAAGACCACUUUCAUCUCCACGGUAAAUGAUAACCUCCCUGUAAAUAAAAGAUCACGCAGCAAUUACUCAA